GUUUAUUUCCGGUGAAGGGCGGAAGCAGAAACAGGGGGCUUGUGGAGGUGACCGAAUGGCAGACAGUAGAGUCAUUUUGGAAAUAUAUUAGAUUAACGCGCAGCAGAAGCAAAGUAAACACAGAUAUUUGAGGUAACGGUGCAUUAAAAUCGUCGGUGCCAUGGGAGCUCACCUGGUCAGACGGUAUGUCACCGAGACAGAAACCGAACCGGACCCAUCGAGGAAGUAUGAGUUCGACCCCGACUUUGGAUUUCCAGAAAGGAAAGAGAGAGAGAUGGUAGCAACCCAGGAGCAGAUGAACCUGGCCCAGCUGCCUUUAGAGCAGCGAGACUAUUGUGCCCAUCACCUCCUGAAACUCAUGAAGUGCAAGAGGGACAACUGGCCCAACUUCCUGGGCUGCAAGCAUGAGAAACACGACUGGGACUACUGCCAACACCAGGACUACGUGAUGCGUAUGAAGGAGUAUGAGAGAGAGAGGAGGCUCCAGCUGAGGAAGAAGAGAAUCGAGGCUCAGGCUACAGCUGCAUGAUCAGUGGAUCCUCUGAUACUUCUUCUCUGUAUAUAUGUGCUGCUGUUCACAAUAAACAAUAUUGUUUAAGCUCUA